CAUCAUUAUCGUGAGUCACACUGAGACAAGUCAAUUCUUGCGAUAAGAGAGGGGUUGUGGAAACAUGAACAACAACCACAACGGGCGUUUCUUCCGGUCCAGAUGACCUCUUCCCCGCGCAGUAACUACUACUACUUACUACUACUUACUACUACGUCCAUCCGUAUAUCUAUCUACCCGCUACCUGUCAACUUCAUUUGACUUUGAUUCUUGGGAAUAGACCCAUCCAGCCAUCCAGCUAGACAAGGAGAAAACAUGGUUCACGCCGCCGACCAUCUCUCUGCCCAAGAGCUCGAAACGCUCUCCACCAAGGCCAUCGCCGCCAAGGACACCGCAUACUGCCCCUACUCAAAGUUCCGUGUUGGCGCAUGCAUUCUGACCGAGUCGGGCGAAUUCGUGCAAGGCGCCAAUGUUGAAAAUGCCUCUUAUCCCGUUGGAACUUGUGCGGAGCGAGUAGCGUUUGGAAAUGCGAUUGUGGCCGGGCAUCGCAACUUCAAAGCCAUUGCUGUCGCGAGUGACAUCAAACCUCCCGCUUCGCCAUGCGGCAUGUGUAGACAGUUUAUGAGUGAAUUCACCACCUCCGAAUUCCCCAUUUUUAUGUACGACGGCGAGGGGAAUUAUACUCUUACUACAAUGGGAGAGCUCCUGCCGAACUCGUUCGGCCCGAGUGAUUUCACUCAUUGAGCAUUGAAUCAUGUCCCCAUAUUCGAUUUGCUUGAUUACUCGUUGGUUGCUAUUGUGGAGUAAAGCAGGGCGAUUGGCAUGUGUAAGCGGGUGGGUGAUUCUUUCUUUCUUUCAAAGUUGUGUUUGUUGUUGUUGUUGUUGUUGCUGUUGCCUGUUGACGCUGCUGUGCUCGGUGCGUCCGCUGAAAGGCACCGCGGAAAAGGGUGUUUGUUGGUUGGUGGUUGGGUUACCCAGG